AUGGGGGUCGAUCGAGAUCGAGCCCCCGACGAAAAAAAGACUGCAUUACAUUGGUCCGAUCCUCAGGUAGUUAUUAUGUCGUAUGUUUCUUGUUAACAUGGUUUAAACGAUAUUAGUUUUGUCUCAUCCUACUACAUGUUGACGCCAUCUACUGUAGCGGUAAAAUUCAAUAAGCUGACAAAUCUUUCUUCUCUUUUCAGGUUUGCAAACAUUUUCUUUGUGGAUUCUGUCCAUCGCAGCUCUUUGUAAAUACCAGAUCAGAUUUGGGUAAGUGUAUGCAAAUAACUCUCAACCAAGGCCAGUUUUUUACUGCUACUAGGGAGAAAGCUUUCUUGCUCGAUCGUUUUGUAAUAUUUUUGUAAACUUAGGGCCAAGGAAUUGGCAAAUAUGUUCGCUAUAACGAGGCUUCCUUAUACCGAGGUUCUACUCCAUAUUUGUUACUAUCGCUGGGACUGAGGGUAUUGUUAAUUAUACGAUGGUCUUUGUCAUAUUAUACAUGUAACUGCGUUACAUUCAUAGAGGUUCGUCACUGUACUUUUUGGUUAAGGUGGCUCGACUGGAUUUUUUAGGGGGGGGGGGUACCUCCCAAGUUUGAGCAUUAACUACAUUGGCAUGAGUAAAAAUAUGGGGAAAAGGUUAUCCCAACUGUAGACCCUUCAAAACAGUGAGUCCUAAAUGAUGGUAGGCUCGAAAUUAAAAAAACCCUCAGGUUGCCAGAACUGGAGAAAUGUAGUCACCAGAUGCACAGUUUUUGUUGCCAGUGUGUAUAAUGUAAAUGACGCAGCUCAUAAUAUGGCGUGAUCCAUCAGAUUUAAUUGUUUGAAACAUUGCGGACAGAAGUCGGUAUAAAUAUGAGUGUAAACUGGCUUUGUUUAUGCGAUUUGGCACAUUUUUUAUGACGAAAGCAAAGCAAGAUAAGAUAAAAUGACUUGUUUGUUUUAACUUUACUCUUUUAAUUUAAAUCUAAAUGGUAGAGAAAUCCUGUCGCCACAGUGGCGACUAAACCAGAAUUUUUAGUUGCCAGGAACAAAAUGUUAGUAGCAUUGGCGACCACAUCAGUCGCAAUUUCGAGCCCUGAUAUGGCAUGCAUGACAGAAUUCAGUCUGUCUCGCAUUGGAUUAAGGUGAUAGUCUUUGGAGGUCCAUUACUGCCAAUCAUUUAUCCUUACCAUCACUGACAAAAUCCUAUAGGCCACUUGCACUAAGAGGUCACAUGACCAAUGCUUUCGUUAAACAAUGAGUUGGAAUCUUGCUGAUGCCCAAAAUUGACAGAGCACAUAAAAAUGAUCUUACACCCGAAAUUUGAGAGGAAAUGCAUUUAAGGGAGAUAUUUUAUUGCACUCUGAUUUUUCAAUAAAGUAGCACUAUGGUUUGUAUUGGCCGCCAUGUGGGAGGGCAUACCUUGCUCUCCAACAUGGCAGCCAAAACUACUGUUUGCUUGUAUCUUGUUAAACUUUUGAUAGUUACGCUCAGAUGUGCUGUAAACGUUACCACAUCAUCCUUUCAACAUUUUCCUUGAAGUUUAAGUGCAAAAUUUGUGUUUAGAAAGAGGUAAUUCAUGAUUUUAAAAAUCACAGUUUGAUCACAUGACCAGCUAUGAACUUACUCAUUUUAAGAAAAUGGUGCAGGUUUGAAAAACUAAAUCACUAUUAUUCUGUGUAAGAUAUGACUUACUAAUUGUUUUUCGAAGGCAACAUCAUAUAACUUUCAUUUUCAUAAAAACAAUGUCACAUGACCUCUUAGUGCAACUGGCCUAUUCUACACUGUCACAAUGUGUGGUGGAGAAUUCCAGUCAGCUUGGAUUCAGCCAAUAUGGUAACCAUUAUUUUGGAAACAUUAUUUUACAGAGCUCGAAAUUAAAAAAAUCUUCAGGUCGCCUUUUGGCGACCAACCGGAGAAAUGUAGUCGCCAGAUGCGAAUUUUUAGUCGCCAGUUUGUAAUAUGUAAAUGACGCAGCUCAUAGGUACAGGGCUUUUGAUAUUUCGAGCAGUAGCGGAGCCGCGAAAUUCACAAAAACUCGCAAAAUACCACGAAAUUCAGUAGAAAUCUUAUCAAACACAUGUCUGUACAACAUAUUUGAAACUUAUCUCAGCUAUUGGGGCUAUUUACUUGCCCUAAACUUGCAAAUUUAUCUUCAUACUUCGUCACUGAAACGUGUGAAUAACGUCCCGAAACUACCAGGCGUCAAUUAUGUUGCGAAAAACUGGGCACUAGCCAUGAUGUUAAAUGCUUUGCCAUUAGUUCAUUUCUGGAGCGUAUUGUUGUUGAAAGAGCAAAUGAUGACCACUGUUAGAAAAACGUUAAAAACGCUGGUCUGAUCGGCGCAAAGCUGAUCGACAUCUGACAAAAUUUUCCCUCAAAACUAACCACAAAAUCGGCCUUUUUUACCGAUUGAUUUCCAGCGAAGUUUGGCCCAAACAUUCCCGCGAAAGUGCCGCAAAAUCGGCCGAUUUUUCCGCGAAUUUGCCCCUAAAAAUCUCGUGAAAUUUGACUUUUUCCGCUACCUAUCAGAAGCCCAGCAUAGUAUGGUGCGAUCCAUCAGAUUUGAAAACUGAAUAUCAUGAAGUCGGUAUAAAUUUGGAGGUAAAGUGGCUUUGUUUAUGCGUUUUUGGCACAUUUUUCAUGAUGAAAGCAAAGCAAGAUAAGAUGAAAUGUUUGUUUUAAUUUUACUCUUCUAAAAUCUGGUCGCCACUUUCGCGACUAAACCAGAAUUUUUAGUCGCCAAGGAGAAAAUGUUAGUCGCAUUGGCGACCAUAUCAGUCGCAAUUUCGAGCCCUGUUUUACGUGUGGGUGCAUUUCAUGUAAAUGAAUGCAAAGUUGACUAACAGAGUGGCACAAUGUACAUUGUAUUAUCUUGCAGGGCCUUGUGAAAAGGCACAUGAUGAAAGACUUAGAAAGGAGUAAGUGCAAAGAUGUACACUCUGUAAUAAAAUUAUUAUCAUAUGUUAUAGGAUAAAUUAAAUUCAGGCAUUAAUUAUUUAACCUAGGUUUGUCUCCUGUCCCUAAUUAUUCAUUAAUUAGGGCUAGGAGACGAAGGAAAUUGAGAAUCAACUUAGGUUAAAAAAUUUUAACCCUAAUUUAAUUUGUACCUGUAACAUAUACACUGUGUAUUGUUCAACACUUUCAAUUUGAAUUUAAUAGUAAAUUAUAGUUAUACUUAACCAGCAUCUGUCAUAGGUUAAAAGUGUUCAUUGGGGGUAUCUGUUGUUUCUUUUUCACUUCUUUUCUGUAACAUGAUGAAUAUUUUUAUCUUUCCCAUCGUCAUCAUGUGUAGUUUUGCAUGUACAUGUACCUGUUUGUUCCUGGGAAUGGGAGAUUAGGAAAGAUUCACAGAGUUUACAGGUUUACAUUGUAAAGGCCUCAACCUGGAUUUCAGCCAUUUAUUUUUACAUCUAUGCUGUUACCAAAGAUCUAACUUGUCCCUUCACUUAAAACAAAAUUCUCUCCCCUUCUUCUUCAGAGCUAUGUAAAAAAAUUUUUGAAAAAUUAAUAAAAAGUAAGAUACAGUGUAUAUGACUGUAUGUUGUUAGUGCAACAGGUCUGCAUGUAGUUCUCUUAACUUGAGGCUUUCUAAGGGGUAGAAGCGAUAGGACAUGGGCUCAAAAACUGGGGACCAAGGUUUUCUUUAAGAGUUGGCUGCCAGCUUAUUUCACUGGCUGACAAAGAGGUUACCACUGGCUCAAAUUUAUUGCUUUGGAAAACAAAGACGUGGGGUACAUGUAAUUUUGAAGGUUGCACUGUUAAGUUUUAAUGGCUACUUUUAUGGCCAAAAAAAAUAUGCUUGGUAGAAGAGGCCUACAAUGUACAGCUAUAUUUGGCAGUUUCAGAAAUUGGGCUAGAUACAGUCAACUCCCGUAAUUGCUGACACCCUCGGAACCGUGGUUUUAUUUUCCUUUAUAGCAGUGUGGGAAAAAAACCUGCCUUUAGCAUACAAUAAUAUUAUAAACUAGUAAUAGUUGACACUACAGCUGCCCCCGCUCUGUAUAUUGUUGGUCAAUAGGAUUCUUGCUCGUUGUGUAGCUCUUUGAAAUAAUACCGAUUCAUAAGGAAGAUUUUCACACAUUCCAUACAAUAGGUGAGAUAAAUACAGGAAACGCAAUGUUCCAUGCACAGUUUCAGGUUGAUUUACACAGCUUUGAUCAAAACAUUCUCAGUUUUGAGAAUAGUUUAUUCUAAACCAUAAGAAAAGAUUUAAUGAGAGGUUGAAUUUUUCGCUAUUUCUCUUCACUUUUUACAUUCAGUUCAUUUUAUUUGCCGGAAAGGAAGCCUUAGAAAUUAAAAGGACGUUUGAUCAAUUGACACUCGCCCAUUCUAGUCUUAUUUUAAACUUUAUAGCGGAAGGACAUCAGUGAGCAGGGAAUAAGUCAGCACAGAAUUUGAUUGUCGGCGAAUUUCUGUAAUCGUCCAUUGUUCUGCUAGUGAGAAACUAGCCGUUGUUCACUCGUCUUACUUGUUUGGGGCUGAGUCUUAUUCCAGUCAAAGAGAGAGAAAGAGCAUCUGGCAAGGUUUCCAGUGAAAGAUUUGUGAACUCCUGUCUGGCAAACUCUCCAAGUAUUUAUAUAUACACAGUUAUACGCAUUAUAACUUCUUCUGCGCUUAAUGAGUGUCGUUAAAAUUUAGUCCAUAACUUUCACUGAAACAAAACGCCUGCCUGGGAGGCUACUACUCCACAGAAUGUCACUGAUGACACGUAACGCAAAACUGUCGAAGUAUGACUGCACGAUAAAAGUGUCACAAAAUCUACCUCAGCGGUCCCUUGGGGAUGUUCUGUCUUUACGUCAUCCUAACCAUUUCGUACUUGCGGGCGCAAACAAUAGAAAUGUCAUCAUUACCUACCGAUUCCUUGCGGCCCCUGUUCAAGCAAAUCGAGAUCUUUUCUUUAUUGACUGUAUGACUGUAUAUUUCAACUGUAAGUACUUUCCCUAAUAUAUGCACGAGCUACUAGAGUGCCUCCUCGGGAUUUCGCCUUCUGGGCGAAAUCCCUGCGGGGGCAAUAACAUUAACUACAUUCAUAAAGUUUUCUUAAAUCUUAGAUGUGUGUUAAAUGUGCUACUUGUGCUAUGUAGCGACCCAAAAUAUCUUCCAAGACUGGCCGAACUACUCAAUAGUACUGCAACUGCUAAGCAGCUGUUGAGAAUGGAACAUGAGAGCUUGAGCUCUCCUAAAGAGUCGGAAGGAAAAAAGCUCAAGCUCAUGUGAAGAAGGGAGGAUGAUUGUGCAGACAAUUUAAAGAAUCGAUGUGAAAAUAAACAUUCUGGAAAUCUUUUGAAAUGUAUUUUGGCAAAUGACGAACAGUAGACUGUAAUUUUACGUAAUGAUGUUACUUAAGAAGUACAGCGUGUCCACUUUAUUGAGAGUCAAAACAAUAAAAUUUGUCACUUGGGUACCAAGGAAGUGUCUCUAAUUCCGUAAUAGUGAGAGUCCAUAAUAGUGGGAGUCAUCUCCAGUCAAACCCCUAUAGCUUUUGCCGGGAUCUGGACUUUGUCUGUAGUAGCGAGCAUCCGCAACAAGUGGGUGUCCGCAAGGCAAGAGUUGACUGUAUAUGGAAUGACAUUUAUGAAAUAUGUUUACCAUCACCUUGCAUGAACAAAUUUAAUGAACAUCUUGUAAUGAACAUUCUUUGUACUUUAUUAGAUACCAGGAGAGCUCUCGAUACAAGAAAAUGAGAUAUGAAGACGACUUUCUACGUUAUCUCCAAAACAUUAUGGCAGAUGUGGACAGACGCAUAAGACGGGGACAUGCUCGCUUGAAUCUUAGCCGUGAUCAAGAAGAGAAGGUUUGUAGUCACCAUUAUGUACUGUGUACAGUACAUGCAAUAAUCUUCUAGCUAAAUGGUUGCCUUACUGUAUCUUUAGGCUUGGUUAACAGUAUCUCAAAAAGCAGUCGGUCUAAAUAUGUGCCUGAAAAUUAUUAAAGAAUAUCUUCUAAAAUUUCCUAAAAUUUAUAUCUCCUGAAAAUCACAAAAUACAUGUAUCUCUAUGAUGUUUAAAAAUUGUACAUGAAUCUCCUGUUAACUAGUACAUACCACACUAGAGUUUAAGUUCUGAAUAUCACCAUAAUUUUAUGAACUAACUUAUUAGUACUUAUGUUUUUUGUGGUAAACCAUGUGCCAUUUACCUGCGAACAGCUGAAGGAAAGGAAAAAAAAUUUUAGAUUUGAACUGUACCUUUUUUAUUGAUAUACUACUAGACUGUGAAUUCAAAGACAGGCGUGAUUGUUGAUUUUGGUGCCAGACAUUAACAACUGAGGCCACGUGACUUUGUUUGUCAAACCAAAAAGGUGAACUCACAUGGUCACAUUCGCUCCUCAUUGCUGGCUUUGUUGUUCAUGCAUCAGAGUGGUCAGAGUUUUUAUAUACUGCUAGAAUGCUGAAAGCAAAAGAACUUUUAUUGAUUGACUUUCCACGAAGGAAAAUUCAUCCGUUUUGGUUGACAGAGAACAUUAUUAUGGGUAAUUCCACGCGAGACAAUGAAAUUAUGAAUUUUUUUAAAUAAAAUUUUGCGCUAUAAAACUUAUACCAACAGAAAGUUGAGACAAUGGGGUGUUUGAAAAUACUGAGAUCUUGUGCAUCUUGUCCAUGUGCUUAAUGUGAGAAGGCAUGAAAUCCGGAGAAUUUGAAUCUCAUCAUUAUUUGGAAGUUUUGGAAGGAAAUUGUGAACAAAGUUUUUACAUCUAAGAAAACAUGACAAUAAACAUUAAAGUAUGUGUGUAUAACCUUUGCCUUACACUAUCAUUAGGCCAUAAAUUAUUAUAUCUAGCUACUAGCACUUUCCUAAGAAAAUAGGUAUUGAAUUUGUGUUGCGGACAUUACGUAAUGUCCACAACAUUAAGGUACCUUUUUCAGUUCCUCUACACAGUUCAUUGUAUUUUCAUGUGCUAUUGAUGCUGCUCAGUUAAUGUGAUGUAUACUUUAUUUUGAUCUCAAAAUAUUUCCUAGGUCGGCUUUCUCUGCUCAGAAAUUAUAAGUUGAAAAGUGUUGCGGACAUUACGUUGCGGACAUUACACAUUGGUUUUAUAGACUUCAUACAACUUAGAAUCCUCUUUCAGCUUUUUCUAAAUUUUCUUGACCUUUCAGUGCUUGUCUUGGGCAUUACAAUUGACCUUGUUUACAAUCAUCUACAAUGAAUUUUUAUUUAGAGGAUUGGAAAAGGAGAAAUUGAGUAGCUGGUCAGGGGUUUUGUACUGUUGAGCAUGCCCAGAACUGUUUGUAACUAUGCUUUUUUAGGAAAACAACUGACCAUCAUUGUUUCUUUUGAUUUUCUACUCACACUUCAAUGAGAAUUAAUUUUUAAGUAGAAUUUGUAAUGUAACAAUCUUAAUGUAGUGAACAAUGUGCAAUUUUAGUGCAAAUUUACAUUUUAUCUGUAUUUAAGUCAGACUGAAUGACAAGAAACUGAUAAUUUUAGUUAAGCUAAAUCAGUUUCGGAAAAAACAAAAUAAUCUCCUCACUACUGAGGGUUUUUUUUUCUCACAACAUUAUUUUACUUGAGAUGUAAUAAAAUUAAUUUUGAAAUCAUUUUAAGGAGUCAGUAUUGCAAAAAAAAUCUGACUGGUAUUGCAUGAUACUAGGUCAGCAGGAGAUUAUAUAAUAUUAUAAUAGAACAUAUUAAAUAAAGUAAAUAAUAAUUUCACAGCUUUAUUUUUAGUCAAGUAACUACAGAAAAAAUUGACAUAGCCACAGUGAGCAACACUGACUAGAAAUUGAAUGAUAAAAAAUGUGUUCCCAAAAAUGUAGUGUCCGCAACAUUUUUGUGUAAUGUCCACAACACAACUUUUGUUUGUAGAAUCAUUGGAACGAGGUUGCAUGGAAUUUUUUUUUUUGAUGGUUAAAAAUUUAAUUAUUAUCGCCAUGUUUUGAAGGCACAAUUAUUUUCUGCUCAAAAUUAAAAAUUCACAGGAAAAUAUCGUUAAAGAAAGUUAUGUUAAAAAGUGGUUGUUUAAAAAUGUAAUGUCCGAAACACAGUUUCCUCAACUCAUAUCUUCAAGGUCGUGAGAGUUCACUAAAACAUCUUUUUACUAGGUACAAAGGGAACACUAAAGUUUCUUUCUAGAUAAUGUUUGAACACCCUUGCUGAAAAUUUUGACGUUUAAAUUGGGGUUUAAAAUGUUAAUUUUAGUAUCUGAAUGUAAUGUCUGCAGCAUGGAAUCACCCUUAUGCAUUUUACUUGACUUUGCCUAUCUGUGGCCUACCAAACACUCAGGAAUGUGACCACGUGAGUUCACCUUUUUGGUUUGACAAACAAAGUCACCUGACUCAAAUCAUUAACCUCUGGCACCAAAAUCAGCUGUCACACGUAUCUCUGAAUGGUCCACAUGUUUCGGUAAGAGUUUAUUGCUUGUCUCUCAAACCCUAGUAGUAAUGUGCAUGUAAGCUGCACUCUUUUUCUACAUCUAUUUGUUUUUCCACAGGAACUUGCAAGUGGUAAACCAGACAGUGAAAAAGUUAAAAUGCUUACAGAAAAGAUCAAUGCAUUGCUAGAGCAGGUUAGAGAAUACAAAAUUUUUAAUAUACAUGUACAACAACAAAAUGUAUUUUAAGAUUACAAAUAAUUUUGUGAAGGUUAAAUCCUUUUUCACUGUUGCUAAGUGUGGUUGUUUAUUUUAUCAUCAUCGUUGUCAUCACACUGGUCAUGCUAGUUGGUACAUGCACAUUAGGCCAUGAUUGUGUUGUGUGCUACUUGUAUAUCAAUUUACCUUAUUAUUGUAUGUUUCCUUGUUGUACAUGUGUGUACAUGUGUGUACAUGUGAUUUUCAGUUUCAUGGUUCUUCCAGUGUUACAGGUAACUACCUGCAUGCUCUUUGGCAGAAAACUGAUUAUUUCUGUCAUAAAUAAUUUGUUCUCACAUUGAAGGUUGAGCAACUGGGCUGUGAAGGAAAAGUAGAAGAAGCCCAGGGAGUUAUGAAAUUGUGUGAUCAGCUCAAAAGUGAACGGGAAAUGCUACAGCUGGUAAGAAGAAUACAUAAUUAUCAAUUUUUGUCUUUUGCAGUUGUUAGUUAGGAGUUGUUUAAAUCCCAUUUCAGUAUUCCAAGCUGCCAAUAUUGUGUUCCCUGAUGCUGUGGUGAGUAGGAAAAAAUUAAUUUUGGCAGCUAAAAUUGCAGUCAGGGUUGUCAUUAAGAGCCGGCGCCUGGAGAUUUUCCCCGGCUACUAAGGGAGUGGCCCCCGGCUACUUUUAUUGGAAAAUAGAGGAAAAAUAGAACCAUCCCUAGCCGUGUGAUUCCCCCGCCUACUUGUUGUAUUUACCUAGCAACUUGAAAUCUUAGUGACAACCCUGGCAGUGAAAGUUGCCAGUUUGGCAAUAUAGUUUCUGCAGUAAGGUGUUAAGCAGUGGUGUUUUUCUUAGUUCUUAUUAUUUUAUCAUUGGGUCUCUCUAAGGCUGUGUUCACACUAUAGCUUUUUGUGCUGACAGGGAAAGCUAUCUGGUAUAGUGUAAACAGAGUCCUCACCAGACUACGCCAUUGCGGGAUUCACUGACUUUUUAGCGAAAUGACGCACUCAAAAAGUCCUUGGUCCCUCAGGGCGAAGAACUGUAGUAAAAUAAUUAAUAGGCUUACUUUCGUUGUAAAUAGGCAAUCAAAUUUUUUCCUGCUCUGUGCAGGACUAUGAGUUUGUUUAAAAUAUUUUCAAUUGUUGUUAUCUAGAGUAUGACUACAAUACAUAGAACAAUAAAUUAUUCAGUUAACCAUUCUUUGGUUUAAAUAGCCCAGAAACUUCAAGGCCUGGGGUCAUUUGGUCACAAAUCACAAAAUUCUGUUGAGAACACCAUAUGAAAACCUAUCCGAUAGGUGACUCUCCACUUUAGAGAUCUGCUUGGUGCAGCCUUGCUCCGUUACAGAAAUUGUGCUGAAAUCAUCGUUCUUUUGUGUGAGAAGCCCCAUCUAUUAUAGUUUUCAUGCUGGCCUAAGUUAAGUGGGUUCAUGAAACAUUUCCAUGACGUUUACUGUAUGCUCCAUUAUUUUAUUUUUAAUUCACCUCUUUCACCCUGGCUGUCUGGAUAUUAAGCCUUGAGAUGUGAUGUGCACCUCCAAAUUAAUUUUGAUUGAAAUAGUUUGGUAGCAAUUUUUGAAAUUUCUUUCCAUCCACUCAUGAAAUAUUGUUCUAAGUGUCUUUUUUUUCUGCUGGCCAAUGGUUAGUUUAUUUUAUGGCUGUCAAAAGGUUUCUUUGAUUGUACAUUGUAGUUCUGCUUGGAGCACUACAUGUAAUAAAUUGUGGAGAAUUUAUCUUAGCUACAUGUGUAGGCAUUUUCCACACCUGCUCUUACUUUCUGCCUUUAAAGGGGUUUACCCUCUUGAGAAUUCUCUAACAGAGAAGUAAGUAAAAUAAAAAGGAUAAUACGAAAAUGACUUAUAUUUGAAUGAGAAUAAUUUUUUCAUAAAUUAUUUUGUUUUCAAAUGAAAGACUUUGCAUUCUUCCCUUACUUUCAAACACAAGGCCUGGUUCUUGAGUAGAACAUUGCCUACAGUGCUUAAAGUCUCCCACAUUGUUCAACUCCUUUUUCAAAUUCAUUCAGUCGAAAAAAAUCAUGUCAGACGCUUCAAGCCAACAAACAGCUGCCUACAUGAUGUACAAUGUACUUUGCUCAUGAACGUUCGUGUAACACCCCCCUACCCCGAACAUCAAAUGUUUGGUGGUAAAACGUCAUGUUUUCACGCAACUAGAACACGUUUUCUGGUGACGUUUUUUUUUAUCUUUUAUUUACACGAUUUCUGUCAUUUGAAUUGCCACAACAACUUUAUGAAUCCACUAGCCCAAUAGCAAAAUCCUCCAGCCCUGGGAUAUCAGACACAGCUUUCUGUGUACCCUGGUGACGUUUACACCAGGGUACACAGAAAGCUGUGUCUGAUAUCCCAGGGCUGGUGGAUUUUGCUAUUGGGCUAGUGGAUUCAUAAAGUUGUUGUGACAAUUCAAAUGACAGAAAUCGUGUAAAUAAAAGAUAAAUCUAUGUGGAUUGAAAGCUCCCUGCUAUUAUCCAAUCUGAUCUGAGAAAGUAAAAUUAUCACAGUAAUUAUCACAGUGAAUUAAUACUGCAAGUAUAAAUUAACUAAUAGUUUCUGGCCAGUUGGAUAACUCUUGGGCUAGGACAUGCUUGCUGUAAACUGACUUUCUUUACACACUGGUACAUGCCUAGAUGCAACUGACGGAAUUCCCUAAGUUGCGGGUUAGUCUUGUACAUGUCGGUGCACAGAAUACAUUGUUAUAUAGCUGGAAAUUUUUUCCCAUCAGCAUGCGCUUUCAUUGGUUACUUCUAGGUCACAUGACAUCUAACAAUGAAACUGUUUCCCGCCAAAAUCUCUGAGAGGGGACCAUUUCAAAAUCUAUUGUAGCUUCAAAAUUUUCCAGCUGUAUAACAAAUUACUUAAAGACUGGUCCCGAGGGAAACAGUUAAUGUUGUUUCCCUAGAAUCUCCAUGUUUCUCGAGGCGGAGCCGCGGGAAACAUUGAAUUUCUUGGGAAACAAAAUUAAUUGUUUCCCUCGGGACCAGUGUUAAAGUGUUUGUAAUGAUGGACUCGUGGGAAAGCUGUAACUUUUUAUGCGAUCUAACUAUUGCAGCAAUCUCGUGAUCUUAACUUAAUGACUGCACAAGAGAAACAGAUGGAAGUUUGCGAAGUAUGUGGAGCUUUUCUUAUCAUUGGUGAUGCACAAACACGAGUGGACGAUCAUCUACAGGGAAAACAACAUAUGGGUUAUGCGAAGAUCAAGAGCACAAUUGAGGAGCUCAAAGUAAGGGCUGUGUGGAAUGUGAAUUUUAACCCUUCACACCAAUAAUCCGGCUGCAAGGGAAGAAAUUGUUUUAUUAAAGUACUGAAAAACAAAUAAUAUCAUUUUUAAGUACUGCAGCUGAGGAGGCUUCAUUUGAAUGGUAUCAGCAAAGAAUUCCUCUACAGACUAGCUUUACUACCACCUUGUACAGCAUAAUAAACAAUUCCAGAGUAGAAAAUUUUCAUCCACAGACUCAAAAGUUAGACCUGCCUUGUACAGCGUACUAAUACCAGAGGAAAGUACUGCUUAGUAGUUUUCUUUUGAAUGGUUGGACUUCAGGAUUUCAUCCACAGACUCAAAAGUUAAAACCACCUUGUGCAGCAUGAUAAACAGUACCACAGCAAAACACUGCUCAAUAGCUUUCAUUUAUAUAACCACCCCAUAGGAUUUCAUCCACAGACUCAAAAGUUAGAACCACCUUGUACAGCGUACUAAACAGUACCACAGGAAGUACUGCUCAGAAGCUUUCAUUUCUUGGUUACACUAUACGAUUUCAUCAAUGACUAGAGAACAUUGCAUGUCUCAGAAUAAGACGUUUUUAUAGGGGAGUUCCGCGCGCACGACCGGAGCCCCAUACCUAAGAAAGUUUGCUAAUCUAUCCAUCCGAAAAAAUUUGGUAAUCACAUGACUGUAGUCGUAAGCACGUCCGUCCGUCCGCACCACAGGGUAACCAAUGUGAAAUGUUUAACUUUCUAGCUAGUGUGGAAGCCUGUAACCUGUGUGAAUCCUGAUAAUAGACAUUCCUAUUAUGGUCAAUUGACAGCUGUCAAAACAGGCUAUCCGCUGAUCAGGGUCACAUGACCGUAUCGCGGGCCCAGGUGCCAACUCAUAGAGGUCACGUGUUUUCUUUACGUUUUCCGCUUUUAAUUGAUCGCAGGCUCAAGUGUAAAUUUAAAAUGCAUAAACGGGAGCUUCGCUUUUAUCUCUAGCUAAAUCCAUGUAUUACAUUUAUUGUAAAUUUAAACUUAAAACUAAGGGAGCUAAAGCUGGAACGAGGUUACAAUCGAUCCUCAGCUUUUGCCCUUUUGGUGGCAAAUUUUCAACUCGACAGGUUUCUUAGCUUUGACUUUCAUUUUUCUUUUAGAAAGCGAGAGAUCAGCCAUCCCAGCGUAGUGAAGAAAAGCCUAAAGACAAGGAGGAGGGAGGUGAUCAAGAUCGUGAAAAAAGACCUGACAGAGAUCGAGAGCGCAGCCGCGACCGUGACCGUGAUCGCAGGAGAGACCGUGAGAAGGACCGUGAUAAGGACCGUGACAGAGAUCGUGACCGCGAUAGGGACCGUGACCGAAGGAGAGACCGGGAUCGAGACAGGGAGCGUGAUCGUGAUAAGGAUCGGGAUCGUGAAAGGGAUCGGAAUCGUGACAGAGAUCGUGAUCGUAAGCGUGAUCGUGACAGGGAUCGUGACCGUGAUCGUGACAAGUACCGUGACAGGAGUCGUGACCGGAGCCGUGAACGGGAUCGCGAUCGUGAUCGUGAUCGUGAUCGUGAUAGAGACCGUCGGCGUGACAAGGAUCGCGAUCGAGAUCGCGACCGGGAUCGUGAAAGGUCGAAGGAGAAGGAAAGGCGACGCGACAAGGAAGAGAAAGACGACAAGCGCGAGAAAGACAGAGAUGAUGCAAAGGACGAAGAGAAGCAGACAAGCAAAGACGAUGGAGAGGAAAGGAAAAGAGAGGCUCCUGACGAGGAAAUGGCUGAUAAAAGAGACGGCUUGGCUGAUAAGGAGGAGAAAGAUAAGUCCAGAUCCCGCAGCAGGUGAGUGCACUAUUGACUCGUGGGGUGGGUAGUACGGGAAUUAUUGGACUCGUCAGGAAGUAAUUAUAUUUGUAGGUGUGUAGGUUUCUUUAAGUAAGGUUUUAGUAACGAAGUUGUUGUUGGUUGAUAUCUUGGGGAAAGUAAUAAUCUCACUGUGAGCAUACAAUGAGCUGUGUUUGCAAUCAGCGCACCGCAAGACAUCCUGGAUCCUGCCGCUAACAGAUUAUCAGUGCUUUGAAAGAUACUUCAGAGCGGAACAGAACAAAUCAAGGUACCUCAUUCUGUUUUGAAUUCAAUUGUACUUUGAAUCUGUUAAAUUCAUUAUUUUAUGCAAAGCCACGUCAACAGACGCACGAGCCGGGCAAAGAGUUCCUUAUAGCUGGAAACUUAAACAAGGUACACUUACAAAAUUGUUUUCUUUGAUUUUUGUUUUGAAUUUUGUCUCAAUCAAGAUGAUAUUUGCUGAUCCGUCUCGUAGGCAAAUUCAAGGUAAUCUUUCUGAUUUUAAAAUAUAAUAACAAUUAAGAAUUGUUAGUCGCUUUUGUUUCCUACUCGAGCGAUAUCAAAAUGCAACGUUGGCGGCCUAGAUCCUGUUCACAAAGCUGUUGUUCCUUUGCUCAAGUCGACUUGGCAUCGAAACAAAACUUUCUUUGUCUGUAAGUCAAAAACGUUUCAAUUCACCAAGAAAUGAGGAUUCUGCGCAGUAGCACCAGUACGCACCGGAAGUCAGACUAGCGUGUACAGCGGAAGUCAGCGUGCACCGGAAGUGAAGGUACCCAGUCAUUUCUGUGUCGAUUUUGGUCAGGCUUCAGUUGAUCGUAUUAAACCCACUUACGUUUACAGUGAGUUUUCAGUUAAUAUCUGGUUAUCAAGGAGAUCAAUCGGUUCAUUGGCUCUUCUCUGCUACGGAACAGCCAGACAAGUAACCGGCUUAAAGCCGUCUUCUUGUAAGAGGUAUUCACUCAGGUAUUUGAGAUCAUGAUGUAUAGUGGCUAGGAUCAUCAACCUCAUUUGUUUGGUUGUGUGAGGGCCUGAGGAGUAAAUGUCUCCUCGUCCCAUAUGCCAUGCGUUUUUAUCAGCUGUAAACGUCCAUGUGAUUGAAACCAGCAUUGCAGGCGUGUGAGCGCUGAGUAGUUCGUAUUUAUAGCCACCAUCUUUGAUUUUGCAAGCAGAGUCAUAUUAGGGGUGAUCAGUAAAACUGGGAACAGUUGAUUAGGCACAUAGAAGCCCAAAAACGCGGCGAAAUGUGAGAGUGGGGGAGGGGAAAAAUUAUUCUCGUGUUUCCACCAUGUCUAUCUCUGCCUCCUUUACUCGGAUUCAUUGUAGUGCUUGUACUACCCAGACUACGGAGAAAUGCCUGCAAUGCAAGCUAAUGUGAUGGUUCUUUGGUAAUCUUUGAUCAUGAUUCAUUAGCAGUUUAUUACUUUGUGUAUGCAUUUAUUAUAUGCUACUAGCUGUAAUUCCUCCAGAGAUUGCUCCUCCUUCGCCUUAUGAUAAAUUUGAAAUAAGUGUUUCUCCUCAACUGAAUAUUUUCAUCCCUUUUUUUGUCUAUCCGUCAACUAAACUCUUCUUUUGGCGUUAAAGCAGGCUAAUAACUUAGAACGACAGCAGUUAAAAGCGGUUUUUAAAUGUUUUUCUUUUGAAUUUGAUCAUUCAAAUGAUCAGUGUUAAUAAAUUGCAGCUCGUAGUUUUUCAUACUGAGAGAUUUUAUCCACACAUCCAAACGCUGCUGAGAGCUUAAGCUAAAACUUUCACAGUCGUAAAAAUUUUGGCAGUUCUUCAUUCAAGGAUAGUCAUAAGAUUGGAAAAGUCAGCUCAUGAAUGAAAAAGCGUUAGAAAACUUGGAUGGCUCACGUGUUCUUUAAACUAUACACAAGAAGUUACGCAAAAGAAGUAUCCUUAUCAUUAUAUCCUUCUUUCGUGUCGUGUGGCUUGUAAUAACUGAAAAGAGGAUAAUAUUCUUCUAGUAUUAUAACGCACACCCCCUCCCCUCUUGGUGUAUAGUAUAUAUUGCGGCCAUAGUGCGCGGUAAUGGUAAUCUAGACACCUCAUUCCUCAUAUGUCAUUCACAGGUCACGUGAGAAAGAUGAAGAACGCGACAAAACGGCGACUUCUUCCCCCAAGAGCCGUUCUCGAUCCAGCUCUCCUGUGUAAUCUGGACGGACAUCGAAACGCGGACCAGAAGAGAGAAGAAACUCAAGAUCUCGUUUCUUUAAAAGUUUUCAUUUCAAGUAGGUUAGUUUCAGCACUUAGAUAAUACUCCUCUGUUUCUCGAAAAAGCUCGCACGUUGCAUCUUCAUUAUUUUGAAGACAAUGCAAUUGUACUUAUUAUUUCUAGUUUGAUGUUCAUACGUAGAAUCAAGCUGGAGUCCGUAGAGUGGUUUUAAAUUGUGUGACGUAAUUCGGCCAAUCAUAGCACUAGCUCCCAGUCAAAUGAACCAAUCACCUUUCGAAGCAAACCAAUGAAGCGGAGGCCACGCGCGGGAGAAUUCUUUUGAGCUACUCGGGUUUGAUUAUGAUUAAGCUUUUGAUUGGUUGACAAAUUAG